GCAGACCCCAUACCGCGACUUCCUCUACGACGAAGAGUCAAGUCUUUUCCUCAUUGGAUUUUCACAAGGUGUUUUGUGCGUGCGAUUUUAAAUUGAUCAUCGGGAGGAAAAGGGUCGAAAAAAUAGUGAAACGGAGGGGGAAAUGCCGACUGAGCUCUCUCCUCUCUGCUCGUAAUUCGACGGUGAAACUCUUUUUGAAUUUCGCGCAUACUCAAACGGGAGGAUAGCGUAGCAGCGAUUUCAUUCGAACUCAUUGAAAAUGCGAGUCUCACGAUCUCUGGAAUUUUCAGGCGGUAGAGCGGGAGCUGGCUCCCGAAUCGGUCGCGUCCAGAUCGUCACUUGUCUGUGGGUCGUUAGCACCUUCGGGACACUCGUUACGGCGACGGCUGCAACCGCUCACUAUCAACAGGACCCUUUUUACAUCCAAGGGAGGUUCGGCAAACGCGAGGAUGCAUCCGCCGGUUUCCUCACUGGAAGUAGAUACGGACGCGACGGGACUACAAAUUCAGGCAGUUCAAAGUCCGACCCAAAACUGUUGGAAGUUUCGCCCCGAGUCGAUCGCUUCUUUCUCGGCAGCAGAUAUGGCAAGCGGGUUCUUCCCAACAACGAAAACGAUAACUCACCGGGUUCCCGUCAACCGUCCCCGAGGAUUUCCGCCCUCAAGCGGUUCGAAGAAGCUCUUGGAUACUUCGACCGAGUCGAUCGCGCUGAUCGCACGGUUCGGACCGUCAAUCGUCAACGCGACCGGAAGACCAGUGGCAAAUCCAUCGACGCUAAUCACCCCGACAACGAGGACACGAGCUUCGAGUUUUCCAACCAAGAGAAACUCGACAACAUUUGGUAAGAGAAGAGGAUACAAAUCGACGAGUGGCUGAUAAUAUCCCUCGCGGCUGCUUCGGAUCAACGUAGAGCGUCCCCCGAGUAUUUUUUUAUUAUUUUCAUUAUUAUUUUUAUUUUUUCAUUCCCGCCUUAUCGACGUCAUCCGGCACGUUAUCCAGGGAGUGCUCUUCGGAUCGAUGACUUCUGUCAGGCUAUCGAUCGACCUCGCUUUUCCCAUCGCUCGCUCUCGCAGCUGGCCCGUUCUACUUUCACUAAUCAGCGUUUUUUUCCCCACUCAACGUAUUAUCUUCCAUCGAUAACUCAGCGAUCCCCUCGUAUUUCACAUUUCACACGUUUUUAAUGAUCUUCCGUUGGUCAUUGAUCGCUGACGAGACCAACCCUCAUUAUCGCAUUGCUCGAUCCGAAUUUCAUUGUUAAAAAAAAAUUAAUCACAGAAAAAACACAUUUUUUAAAUCAAAAUCCAAUUCUACUGGUGCGUGAGAACGGAAAGGUCCAGCGAUACAACGAGUCACUCGAACGACCGUUUGAAAUUUUGCGAAGCACACCUCUGAAUAAGCUUCACGCGAUUUGAACUGUCGUUAAACACAAAAUUUGUUAACUUCCGGAGAAUCGAGGGAUUAAAUAAUGUGCCGUCGAACAAGAGUUCAAGCCCAAAAAUGAGUGGGUCGAAUAUACUUUGGAAAAAUAACGUUCCAUCUGAAAAGUCAUUUGUUCUGCAAAGGGGAACGAAAUUUCUGUGUACCAAUGUCCUCGUUGGUCGCUGCAAACGUGACUGCUACGCGACCAUCACUUUUCCACACCCAUUAAUCGAGGAAAAUUUCUAACAAGAAUCGCUCUUACAAUGUUAUAUAAACGAGAAAAUACUUAUUACAAUAUAGAAAAUUGGAAAUCGGGGAUAUUCGUUAACAUCAAAGGCACGAUUUCUACUGCAUUAUUUGAACUUGAAAGAGAGAGAGAGAGAAAGAGAGAAAGAGAAAAAGGGAAAAUAAUAAUAAAGACGAAAGAAGUAUUAA